GGGCCAUUAUUGUACAAAACAAGAAAAGGAAAAUCAAAAUCCCGCUCACUCGUAAAAAAAUAACUUUGGCUUACCCGCUCGUUACUCUCUCUUCUUCUCAUCUAUGUCGCUCGCCCUAAAUCUUUUUCUCUCGAUCCUUCGUUUCUUUUCACUGUCUAGAUAUAUCCGCCUCUCUCAUCUUCGUAAGUAGUCUCACUUUGAAUACUCUCAUCUUCUUCUCAUCUUGUUGAAGAAAUGCUACUACCAUGGCUACAAAGAAGAGCGUUGGGGACUUGAAGGAAGCUGAUUUGAAGGGAAAGAAAGUGUUUGUUAGAGUCAUUUGCUAGAUCUGUUGAUUAUGGUCGUGAUGCUCAAGCUAUGCAUCUAAAGGAAUUCUUCGCUGAUCCUUCUCAUUUUCCUGUUGAUCAGAUCUCUCGCCACAAAUCUCUUGGAGAUUUUUUAGCAUGCUGUUCGAUUGAAAGAGUCUCUAUUUAUGACUUUAAGAAUCAUUAGAAGCACCACAAUGGUCAAGAUUGCUACUUGGUUAUAUAGGUUUACUAUUGGUGAGGUUCUUGCGGUAAAGUAAAGGAAUAUUUGCUGAUAGAUGGAUAUCGAUUAACUGCAAUGACAUUUUGUGAAGAGGUUACAGAUCAGAACCUUGAUGUUUGGGCAAACUCGCUAGCAUCUGUGCCUGAUGCCUUGUGCCAUUACUAUUAUCAGUACCUGUCUUCAAGUUUGAAAGCUGCUGAGGGAAUCUUAUGCAUUGGCUUUCUCAAACGUUCUCGCCAGCAAAAGGAAAUUACAAGGGAACAAGCAGUUCAAGAUGUGGAGAGAAUAAGAGAAGAACUUGAACAAUUCUUUGUUGGCGAGAAAGGGUAUGAGAGAAUGUGGGUGAUUAAGUCAAAUGGAGAAAGGGACAUCAUGUCUUUAUUGUGUGCAAGUGUUUUCUCCACAGACAGUGCAAGGAACACGACAUCAAGAAUGGUUCAACUUAAAGAUGCUUCCUUGUAGCUCUGAUACCAAAUGAUACGAGCUCGCCUCGACUUGAGUUGACUCGUAUGUAGAUUGCCCGAUCGUCUACGAGAAGGUGUUGAUGAGAAUGGAAUGGAGAAGUGAUUUCGGGUUUGAAAAAGACUUGGAUGUCAAAGUUUAGGUUCGAGAAGGGUGAUUAAGUUUAGGUUUAAGAAAGAAAGAACUUAGGAUAGUUGGUAGGUUGUUUAUGGUUCGGGAAAGAAAUGAUGUGACAGCCCUAAAUUGACCCUAGUCGGAAAGUGGUUUCGGGACCGCUAAAUCGAGUCAUAAAAAUAAUUAACCGUCAUAGUUGAUGCUCAUUAUAUGUACAUAUGCAUGUGUGAAAAUUUCAUGUUUGGAUUUUGUUAAUUGUAAGUGAAUUUUAUCAAAUAGGACUUGUGUGAGAAAAUUUAGAAA